AAUUUGCGGAUCGAUUUGAAACUAACACUGAAAGCCCAAGUCAAACAGUUGUAACAUCAAGCAUCGUAAUUCCCACUACCUCAAAAAGAUCUGGUCGUCAGGAUGCCUUGCCAAAACGACGGGCUAGUAACGAACUUGUUCGUCAAAACAAUGACGAGACAAAAAGGCCUCGAUUAGACAUGAAUAACAAAGAA